AUGUAUAAACUAAGUGGCUUAAAUGUUAUUUCUUUUUCAAAAAAUGAAAUAAAAGGGAAGAAAGAAAAUGGUAUCAACCGUAACACUCCCUCAUCGCCCUCAUGCUGCGAAUCCUUCCUCAUCGCUCUCUCUCAGAAACCCAAUCGCUCACGAUCGUCCCUCCAUCGCUCUCUCUCGUUAAAACUCUCUCACUCAAAAGCUCACACUAGCCUAACCCUUCUUCUCUCCGUCUCACUUUCACCCAUCCUCGCCCUCUUGCUCUCUAACAAUUACUCCAAAAAGAUUCAAGCCAAAGGAAACUCACCUUCGGUGGCGGCGACGGUGAUGAUGGAGCCUAAGCUUCACUAUUUCGCCUCUCUCUUCCAGGGUUUCAGAUUGAUGCUCAAAGGUUCCAAAGGAGAAAGUUUUCAGAAGCACUUUUGUCCGCUCAGAAACGAGUUAUCCUGUUUGAUGCUAUUUUCCGGAAAGUGAAUUCGGAGCAUUGGCUUAAUUUUGCC